GUGGCCCAUGGCAGAAUGGCAGAGAAGGAGGCCCGUCGGAAGUUCAAACAGAUUGUGGCAGCUGUCUAUUUUUGUCACUGUCGGAAUAUUGUUCAUCGUGAUCUAAAAGCUGAAAAUUUGCUUCUGGAUGCCAAUCUGAAUAUUAAAAUAGCAGAUUUCGGCUUCAGUAACCUGUUCACUCCUGGGCAGCUGCUGAAGACCUGGUGUGGAAGCCCUCCCUAUGCUGCGCCCGAGCUCUUUGAAGGAAAGGAAUAUGAUGGGCCCAAAGUGGACAUCUGGAGCCUUGGAGUCGUCCUGUAUGUGCUUGUGUGCGGUGCCCUGCCGUUUGAUGGGAGCACACUGCAGAAUCUGCGGGCCCGGGUGUUGAGUGGAAAGUUCCGCAUCCCAUUUUUUAUGUCCACAGAGUGUGAGCACCUGAUCCGCCACAUGCUGGUGUUAGACCCCAGUAAACGCCUCUCGAUGGAGCAGAUCUGCAAGCACAAGUGGAUGAAGCUAGGGGACGCCGACCCCAACUUUGACAGGUUAAUAGCUGAAUGCCAGCAAUUAAAGGAAGAGAGACAGAUUGAUCCCCUGAAUGAGGAAGUCCUCUUGGCCAUGGAGGACAUGGGACUGGACAAAGAGCGGACACUACAGUCAUUAAGAUCGGAUGCCUACGAUCACUAUAGUGCAAUCUACAGCCUGCUAUGUGAUCGACAUAAGAGACACAAAACCCUGCGUGUCGGAGCGCCUCCUAGCUUGCCCCGUGCCAUGGCCUUUCAAGCACCAGUCAAUGUCCAGGUGGGCAAUAGCUUCAGUGACCUGAUUCAGGACAAGUACCUUGUACUCAAGCUGUCCAGUUGGUUGCAAGUUUUGUAUGGGCAGCAGGUUGUGCAUGAAGUUCAUGUUAGUGGCCACCUGCAGGAAUGGGGCCUGAGGGUUGACUCCAGGAAAACCAGGCAGGAGCUUCUGCAGGUCUUCCAUAACUUCCGUGCUGGAAGGAAACAGGAUGACAGAGGAGCGGACCAACGCUUCAGGGGAGGGCUCUUCACCCUCAUCACUGUCCAAGUUCAAUGUCCCAUCCGGCUGUGGUGGAAAGAAAUACAAUCAAAUCAGAAAUCAAAAGCAGCGCCGGCAGUUACCCCUGUGGACGAGGAGAGCUCAGAUGGGGAGCCAGACCAGGAAGCUGUGCAGAGGUACUUGGCAAAUAGGUCCAAAAGGCACACACUGGCCAUGACCAACCCUACAGCUGAGAUCCCACCGGACCUACAGCGGCAGCUAGGACAGCAGCCUUUCCGUUCCCGGGUCUGGCCUCCUCACCUGGUACCUGAUCAGCAUCGCUCUACCUACAAGGACUCCAACACCCUGCACCUCCCCACGGAGCGUUUCUCCCCCGUGCGCCGGUUCUCAGAUGGGGCUGCAAGCAUCCAGGCCUUUAAAGCUCACUUGGAAAAGCUGGCCAACAGCAGCAGCAUCAAACAGCUGCAGCAGGAGUGUGAGCAGCUGCAGAAGAUGUACGGGGGGCAGGUUGACGAAAGAGCCCUGGAGAAGACCCAGCAGCAGCACGUGCUGUACCAGCAGGAGCAGCACCACCAGAUCCUCCAGCAGCAGAUCCAGGAUUCUAUCUGUCCUCCUCAGCCUUCUCCACCUCUCCAGGCUGCAUGUGAAAAUCAGCCAGCCCUCCUCACCCACCAGCUCCAGAGGUUACGGAUCCAGCCUUCAAGCCCACCCCCCAGCCACCCCAACAACCAUCUCUUCAGACCACCCAGUAAUAGUCCUCCCCCCAUGAGCGGCGCCAUGAUCCAGUCUCACGGUGCUGCGUCGCCCUCCCAGUUUCCGGGCUUACCGUCCCGCAGUGCUGUCUACCAGCAGCAGCCUGAGAACUGCUCCCCCCCUCCCAGCAUGGCCCUCACCUGCCUGGGCAUACAGCAGCCCGCCCAGUCACAGCAGGUGACCAUCCAAGUACAGGAGCCUGUUGACAUGCUCGGAGGCAUGCCGGGGGCCACUGCGGGCUCUGCCGGGCGGGGCAUGUCCAUCAGCCCCAGUGCCAGUCAGAUUCAGAUGCAGCACCGUACCAACCUGAUGGCCGCCUUCAGCUAUGGGCACCGCCCCCUGUCCAAGCAGCUGAGUGCCGACAGCGCGGAGGCCCACAGCUUGAACGUGAAUCGGUUCUCCCCUGCUAACUACGACCAGGCGCAUUUACACCCCCAUCUGUUUUCGGACCAGUCCCGGGGUUCCCCCAGCAGCUACAGCCCUUCAACAGGAGUGGGGUUCCCUCCAACCCAAGCCCUGAAAGUCCCUCCACUUGACCAAUCGCCCACCUUCCCUCCCAGCGCACAUCAGCAGCCACCGCACUAUACUACGUCGGCGCUGCAGCAAGCCCUGCUGUCCCCCACGCCGCCAGACUAUACCCGACACCAGCAGGUACCCCACAUCCUCCAAGGACUGCUCUCCCCCCGGCACUCACUCACCGGCCACUCGGACAUUCGGCUGCCCCCGGCAGAGUUUGCACAGCUCGUUAAAAGGCAGCGGCAGCAGCAGCAGCAGCAGCAGCAGCAGCAGCAGCAGCAGCAGGAGUACCAGGAGCUGUUCAGGCACAUGAGCCAGGGGGACGCUGGGAGUCUGGCUCCCGGUCUCGGGGGACAGAAUAUGACAGAGCGCCAGGCUUUAUCGUAUCAGAAUGCUGACUCGUAUCACCACCACCACACCAGCCCCCAGCACCUUCUCCAAAUCAGGGCACAGGAACGCAUGGCUCAGGCUUCCUCCCCCAGCCCGGCCCAUGGGUACGCUCACCAGCCAGUGCUCACGCACUCGGAGAGCAUGGAAGAGGAGGACCCCUGUGAGGCGGCCAAGGAUGGCUUUCCAGACAGGACGAGCCCCAAUACAGCGACCAGAGGUUGCCGUGACAGCACCCUACUCUUGAGUACUGGCGGACCCGGGGACCCCGAAUCUUUACUGGGAACUGUGAGCCACGCACAGGAAUUGGGGGUACAUCCCUACCGGCAUCAGCCACCUGCUGCAUUCGGUAGAAACAAGGUGUCCAGCCGAGAGUCUGUGAUAGGGAACUGCAUGGAUAGAAGUUCUCCAGGACAAGCAAUGGAGCUGCCGGAUCACAAUGGACUUGGGUACCCAACACGCCCCUCUGUCAAUGAGCACCACAGGCCCCGGACCCUCCAGAGACACCACACGAUCCAGAACAGUGAUGAUGCUUAUGUGCAGCUGGAUAACUUGCCGGGAAUGAGUCUCGUGGCUGGAAAAGCACUUAGUUCCGCCCGGAUGUCAGAUGCGGUUCUCAGUCAGUCCUCGCUCAUGGGGAGCCAGCAGUUUCAAGAUGGGGAAAAUGAGGAAUGCAGGGAGAAUCUAGUUGGUCACGAGCAUCCGGACCUGGCUGACGGCAGCCAGCAUUUAAAUUCCUCUUGCUAUCCAUCCACGUGCAUCACAGACAUUCUGCUCAGCUACAAGCACCCCGAGGUCUCCUUCAGCAUGGAGCAGGCAGGCGUGUAACAGGAAACAGAGAGUUUGUGUACAGCUCGGGAAUGAAAUGACUUUACACCAACAGUAUCUAGCAGCAUCGCGCCAAAUUGCCCUUGUGUUUCUGUCCACCUAGAGCGUCACGGCUCCUUUCCUCACUUUGGUUCAUCAGUGUGCGGUUCUUUCGGGUUCUGAGGGGGUUUUGCCACAUUUGCUCGUAUGACCGAGUCACCAAG